GUUCAAAAAUCUAGGCUUUUGGCCCAGUCGCUGCUUCUCCCUGCCACUUUCCACCCCACAUUUCUCAUUUCAGAGCAAACCUCUCCCCUGAAGCAGAAGAUGACCAAGUUAUACACGUUCCUCCUAGGAACUCUGAUUGCAGCCUUGCAAGUUUCAAGCUCGCGAGCGUCUACACUUCGGAACAAAGCACCAGCUCCGUACAGAAAACAAUUCAAACAGUCUGGCGAGCAAGUUGACUUCCUUGCAUUCGGGUGGAUGGUUGGAGGAGUUGCGGUCCUCCCGGAGCCAUCCCAAGAACACUGCCCGGACGAAUGGAAUGCAUUGGUUGUUUGCCUUAUCACGGACUGUCCCAAUUUUCUCCCGUCUUGUGAAACUGUUAAAUCGUAUGAUUUGAAAGACACUCCCAAGGCUGUCACUUGUUCGGACAUUUCUUCUUCCUUGUGCGAGCAAUUUCCAAAGGGCAGUGAGUGCUGCAUGAGCAAAUGCUUGGAUACGCUGCAAGAUGUUGCCACCUGUCUACUCGAGAAGGAGUACGGUCAAUCAGGCUUGGGUGAAUGUGAGGCAGUCAUGCCGUGUCCACCACCCGGUGCUUUGGAACUAGCCGAUAGUGUGACAGAGGACGUUGGCACCAUUGUCCCAACCCUUAGCGAAAGCAUAGAUGCAUCUUUCGUGGCCGCGGGCACUACGGAAACCAUGACGCCCACAAGUGACGACACACCCGCAUUCAGUACUGCUGCUACAGCGACUACGACAGUAUCAACCACCUUAGCACCAACCGAUCCCUUUUUAGAUGCAUCCAAGCAAAUUUUCGAUAAACUUGAGAAGAAACUCGAGAAGCCCCCCGAAAACAAACAGUUUGUGUACUUCGACGCGUCUGCGAUAACGAUUGGCGGCGUUGCCAUUGCUGCGGAAUCUGCGGAAGAAAGCUGCCCGAAUGAAUGGUAUGGCUUUGUCGAAUGCGUCCUCAGCGACUGUCUUUACUUUUCCGACGGAAUCGUGUGUCCAGAUGUGAGCAUGGCUGCUGUUGACGUCAAACCACCCGAAACGACAAUCACUUGCAAUGACAUUGAGUCUUCACUGUGUGAGCAAUAUCCUAAGGAAGAGAGUGCUUGCUGCAUGCACCUCUGCCUGGAUGCACUGCAAGCCAUUGCCACGUGUGUGUUGGAGGAGGUGUAUGACCAAAAGGAAGAGUUGGAAUGUGGAGAUGUUGUCAUGUGCAUUGAAGAGGAGUCUGCCGCAACGUCGUUUCCCACGGAUGGUGGUACCAUUGGUGGUACUGUUGCGUGGACGGCUGAGGCCACUCAAACUGGGACUGCGCUUCCCACAGAGGUCGCGACCGGUGUUCCCACAGAGGUCGAGACCGUUGUUCCCACAGAGGUAGCUUCAGAAGCUAGCACAAGCGACGCCGACUCCGAUAGCGUUGCAACGAUCAGCAGGGGUGGGAGCUAAGUUGGAAGGCAGGCAAGGCGAGGGCAUAUCGACGUAGUUCGACGUUUUUGUAGUAAUUUCAUGCAUAGAGAAGUUUAUACCUC